AUGAGCGCUUGGAGGCGGCCGAGAGCUCAAACUUAUGUCUUGAACAUUUUUCUAAAUGCCUGCAAGGGACUUCUGACAGAACCGUACGAGAUUCCUGAAACACCGGAGUUGCGACGGAUUGCAGAAUACUGUAAUGCUUACAAGCGAAUUCUGGACAUAUGGCUUCAUGAGAACGAGCAUUAUUUGCAGCUCUUGGGCGAAAACGUCAACAAAAUCGUCAAUGCACGUAAACUCCGAGAGAAGGCGCAGACGGUCAACAGACGACUGGAAGAAGAUGUCGACGAGUGCUGGAGGAGCAAUCUGACGAGGCUCGUGGCUCAUCGAGUGCUUCUAGAGGUGGCUCGGAGAGUUCCCAAAUCUUUCAAGAUUGCUGACGUUUUCGUCGGGGCGCAGUAUCGGAGCCCGAGUGACAAAUUGAAAAGCUCUAUACAGAGUCUGAACCAUCCUCAACUUUCUUUUGACGAAGAACAAAGAAGAAUUCAAACGGCAUUCGGUAUUAUAAAUCAGGAGUUUCUUUCAGAAAUACCUAUCGUCAUGAGAAAUGCUAACGAAAUCUUGGGAAGAGCAACCCUGCCGACGCCGCCACCAAGAGAGUUAGAAAAUCUACUUGCCCCGGAAUCGUUUGCAAGACCAAUCGCUGUGGAGCCAGACCAGCCUUUAGCUGAAAAUCCGCAGUCCCCACAGAAAGCACCAUCCCCGCCUGAAAACGCAGGGCCUAGUAACUUUGGCUCGAGCACGGAUGAUCAACUUACAACUGCGCCGGAAAGCUGCAGAAAUAAACCUUUGGAGAGAGAUUUAGCGGCUCAGAAUCCAGUCCCACAGGACGCAGAGGACAGCCUGCUGCCCGCCUGGGCGAGAUUUACUCCCACAUUCGAUCCCGCGCAGCUAAGCCACGACGAAAACAACCUGCUGCCUGAUUGGGCGAGCUUUACGCCGACAAUCGAGCCCGUGCAGCUGGAUCCAGGGGCCCUUGCUCUCCUGAACGAAGAUCCUGUUGAUUUUCUAGCGCUAUGA